ACUGAUAGGUUGAAUGUCCUAUCCGAAAGCGAACUCUAUUCCCUUCGGCCUAAACCUUCCUUGCUCUUUAUGAUAGAUAGGCUAUCGAGGUUUGGCACGCUUACUUCCACUUCACUACGAGGAGCUUUAAGCCCUACGAUCGUAGAUCCAUCUGAAAAAGCCGUUUUUGGAUUUUCUUUUUUAUGGAUUUUUUCCUUCUCUAUUAGGUGGCCAGGAUUGCUAGAAGUCUUUGUCCUAAACUCCCUUACGGCCAUUCCUCAUAUAAGUUAUUUCGUAAAAGAAGUCAAUCAACCAAGACAGGCGGAGAAGGAGAAGACAGCUAGUGAAGGAGACUUUCUUGUCAGUUUUAUGGCCAACAAUCUUUCGUAUUCAAUUCAAGUCUCUUCCUCUUACUAUUCCUUGGUCUCGCUUUCUUUCCCUCAGACAUCAAGAGCUCUUACUGGAACUUCUAAGACUAGAACUGGUACGUGA